GCAGCACCGCCGUUUAGUCAGUCAGCUGCGCGGAGUCGCAGCAGUCGGUGUGGCAGCUGGGAAUGUGAGGCUAUUUUGAGGACUGGCGGCGGCAGCGGCAGCAGGAGGAGCAGCAGCAGGAGCAGGGAAGGCUCUACCCGCAGCUCCGCUAGAGCCACCACUCACUCAAGUCCCAGCGGGCGACCUGCGUCCCCCCCCCCCCACGGACCUGUCGGUGUGGUCGGACAGCGCCGGCCAGUCGACGUCCGGCCGCCGGUGCGUCGCUGCGCCGCGGGGGCUGCUCGCUGGAGCGCCGCGUUCGUGCUCGUUUGCGCUCCGCGUCCGCGCGCCAGCACCUUUCCUCGGCCAACGGACCUUCGCGUUUCCCCCGCGUGGAACCCUCGGUUAAAUGUACCCGUUCCGCCGCCGCCAAAGCGCUCACGGCAACGGCGAUGGACUGAAAUCCGCGGCGGGGGCGAACGACACACAACCUGCCGCGAUUUCCUGCAAGUGAAUAACGCAAAUAAAUGAUAGAGGAUACGAUGACCCUGCUGUCUCUGUUAGGUCGGAUCAUGCGUUAUUUUCUGCUCAGACCGGAGACCUUGUUCCUGCUGUGCAUCAGCCUGGCGCUGUGGAGUUACUUCUUCCACACGGACGAAGUGAAGACCAUCGUCAAGUCCAGCCGGGAUGCGGUCAAGAUGGUGAAGGGGAAAGUGGCGGAGAUGAUGCAGAACGAGCGCUUCGGCGGGCUGGACGUCCUGGACGCGGAGUUCUCCAAGACCUGGGAGUUCAAGAGCAACAACGCCGCCGUGUACUCCAUCCAGGGCCGGCGAGACCACAUGGAGGACAGGUUCGAGGUCAUGACCGACAUCGUCAACAAGAGUCACCCGUCCAUAUUCGGGAUCUUUGAUGGUCACGGAGGAGAGGCUGCGGCUGACUUCGCCAAGGCCCACCUGCCCGAGGCGCUCCGCCAGCAACUGCUGACCUUCCAACGGGAGCGGGACCGGGACCGGGAGAAGGAGGAGAACCGCGACCGGGGCGGCCGGUCCUACCCCUCCAUCCUGGAGCAGCAGAUCCUGGCGCUGGACAGAGAGAUGCUGGACAAGCUGUCGGCCACGUACAACGAAGCAGGUACUACGUGUCUGGUGGCCCUUCUGUCUGAUAAGGAGUUGACGGUGGCCAACGUCGGCGACUCGCGCGGCGUCCUCUGCGACAAAGACGGCAACGCCAUCCCUCUGUCCCACGACCACAAACCCUACCAGCUCAAGGAGCGCAAGCGGAUCAAGAAAGCUGGUGGUUUUAUAAGUUUUAACGGCUCGUGGCGCGUUCAGGGCAUCUUGGCCAUGUCCCGAUCCCUGGGCGAUUACCCUCUGAAGAACCUCAACGUGGUCAUUCCUGAUCCCGACAUCAUGUCGUUCGACCUGAACAAGCUGCAGCCCGAGUUCAUGAUCCUGGCGUCGGACGGCCUGUGGGACACCUUCAGCAACGAGGAGGCCGUUCGUUUCAUCAGGGAGCGACUGGACGAGCCUCACUUUGGGGCCAAGAGCAUCGUGCUGCAGUCCUUCUACCGCGGUUGCCCCGACAACAUCACUGUCAUGGUGGUCAAGUUUAAAGGCAAGGCCGGCGAGCAGUAGACCACAAACACUGUAUUACGUUUGAACACAUGAAACAUUAGGCUCAAAUUGAAAGAUUGAACGAACCCCCAGACCACACGCUUUUCUAAAAGGAGCCAAUUCAAUCAGAGUUUGUGCUGAUCCUCCAAUGCUUCAAGCCACCCUUUACUUUCUUUGCUGUGAACCUGACACCCUCAACAACAUGUCUCUGACUAAAGCUUAGCCACGUCACUGAGUUACCGUAAUGCAAGCUGGGUCACCGUUAUGCAAAUAAACAUUUAGCUUUGUGCAGCUGUGCGUCCACACAUGUCUGGGUUUGUAUUUGACAGAGUGGGGGGGUGGAGAAUGCAUUUAGAUUCUGUCUUUGUGUAACAAACGUGUUAAUGUCAGAUUACCGACCAGUUCGUCGUCUAGCCGAUAGCCCAUAGUCCAAACUGUACAUGACAGCGUUGAGUUUUCCCUCGAACGGGACGUGCCCACUGUGACGUUCCCACAUCGUCUGAUUGUAUUAA